AUCAUAAUUACUCAACUACUACGAAAUUAAUGCUUCUGAGCUGAGAAAUUGAGGUCAAUAUUUUUCACAAUCAAAUCAUUUUCAUCACCUUAAGAUUCCGAGCUUGUCAAAGGCACGUGGUAGGACGAAUCACCUAAUCAAACAACAUUUCUGAUUCGUUGUUUUCUCACCUUAAUGUUUUCUCUGGUCAAAAACUUAAAACUGAAAACGUUGACAUAUGAGACACUGUGGUACGACCAAAAGAAUAACUUUUCAAGCUCUUCGCUUGGUUUCUGCAGGUUUUACAGUCUAACUUGUCCUCCAAAUUCCUGAGACAACAACAAGGCCACCAUUUGAAUCUUCUUUUCCCAAUUCUAUACAUAUUUUAAUAUCUACUUCCACCAAGAAGAAUCUGUCUACCAUCUCAUUAAUCUCUGCGUUUCUCAGAGACUAUGAUAUGGAAACUAAUAACAAAAACCCAGUUGCUGUUUUUCUUCCUUCAUUAAUUUGUCUUCUUUAUUCUUUAGCUCAGUUUUGCCAUGCGGUUGACAUAAUCAGACGAGGCCAAACGGUUAGGGAUGGCGGCAACACAUUGAUAUCUGGGGAUGAGAAGUUUGAAUUAGGAUUCUUCAGUCCUGAAAACUCCACAGUUAGAUUUGUAGGGAUAUGGUAUAAGAUUGACGUGAAAGCAGUUGUAUGGGUUGCAAAUAAAGAUAGUCCAAUAUCUGGCAGAAGUGGAAUUUUGAGGAUUGGAGUUGAUGGUAACUUGGUUGUUCUGGAUGGAAAUAACAGCUUAGUUUGGUCAUCUAAUGUUUCAGGUUUAUCAAACAACACUGCAGCAAUUCUCUUGGAUACAGGAAAUUUUGUUCUAUCAAGCAAUGAUAGUAUUGGUGAUAUCGAUAGUGCCCAUUGGCAGAGCUUCGAUCAUCCAACUGAUACAUUUCUGCCCGGAAUGAGAGUUCCAGUGAAUUCUGCAAAAGGAGAGUACCAUGCUUUAAGAGCAUGGAACUCAGCCAGUGAUCCUUCGCCAGGAAACUACACCGUGGGUGUUGAUCCUCAUGGAGGACCACAGAUAGUAAUAUGGGAUCAUAUGAGAAGGCGGUGGAGAAGUGGGCAGUGGAAUUCUGUGAUUUUUACCGGUAUCCCCAAUAUGAGUAACAUUGCUAGUUUCUUAUAUGGCUUCAAGCUUUCUCAGCCUGAUGAAAAUACGACCCGGUAUUUUACUUAUAAUCCAUCAAAUCCUUCUGAUUUGUUGAGAUUUCGGAUAGGCUGGGAUGGGAGGGAACAGCAGUUGAGGUGGGAUGAUGGUGGGAAGGAGUGGACAAAUUUGCAAACACAUCCUGACCCUGACAAUAAAUGUGAGUUUUAUAAUCAUUGUGGGAAUUAUGCGACCUGUGACAACGUUACUUCUGUAAGGUGCAAUUGUUUAGAAGGGUUUAGACCAAAGUUUCCAGAUGACUGGAGAAGAGGGAAUUGGUCAAGUGGGUGUCAACGGAGGAUCCAACUGCAGUGCCAGAGGACUAAUGGAACUGCAGCGGAAAAUGGUAAACCAGAUGGCUUUAAGGAAUUGAAGUGCAUGAAGUUACCCGAUUUAUCAAACUUGUGGUUGUCAGCGAGGAACUUAGAGGCUUGUAGAAGAAGCUGCUUGGUAAAUUGUUCAUGUAAUGCGUAUGCAUUUAUUUCUGGCAUUGGGUGCAUGAUAUGGACAGGAGACUUGGUUGAUAUUCAGCAUUUGGAACAAGGUGGAAGUUUACGGUUCUUCUACCGCGUCCAUCAUUCUGAAUUAGAUGGCGGGAGGAGGAUAUCCAACCUUGUGAUAAGUAUAAUUUCUCUGGUGGGAGCAUGCUUAUUGGUGGCAUCUCUAUGGCUACUAUGGAGAAACAAGAAGAAACUAAAAGGUUUGCCUGCAGUUUCAUCAAUGCCAUGUUGCAAGGAUGAUGAUGUAGCAGUUUUUGAUGCGUCUAAGUCCAAGAGCAAAGAAUUUUCAGCAGAUCUUUCAGGACCAUCUGGCAUUCUUAUGGAUGGGAAUCAAGUUAACGGGCCAGAAUUACCAAUCUUUAAUUUUAGUUGUGUGGCAGCUGCAACAAACAACUUUUGUGAAGGAAACAGGAUUGGGCAGGGGGGUUUUGGUGCUGUAUACAAGGGAGAGCUUCCUGGAGGUCAAGAAAUAGCUGUAAAGAGGCUUUCAGGACAAUCUGCCCAAGGCUUAGAGGAGUUCAAAAAUGAGAUUAUCCUGAUUGCUAAACUGCAGCAUAGGAAUCUUGUUAGACUUUUGGGCUGCUCCAUUCAAGGGGAAGAAAAAAUGCUGAUUUACGAAUACAUGCCGAAUAAAAGUUUGGACAACUUUCUCUUUGAUGAAGCCAAGCAAGCACAGCUGGACUGGAGAACCCGCCUCAGCAUUAUUGAAGGCAUUGCAAGAGGACUCCUUUAUCUCCAUCGAGAUUCAAGGCUUAGAAUAAUUCAUAGAGACUUAAAGGCCAGCAACAUUUUGUUGGAUGCAGAAAUGAAUCCAAGGAUUUCAGACUUUGGCAUGGCCAGAAUAUUUGGGGGUAACCAAAAUGAAGCAAAUACAGUUCGAGUAGUUGGCACAUAUGGAUAUAUGUCUCCAGAAUACGCAAUGGAAGGCCUAUUUUCAGUGAAGUCCGAUGUGUAUAGCUUUGGGGUAUUAUUGUUAGAAAUCAUCAGUGGCCGGAGAAAUAUUAGCUUUCGUUCAUCUAAGCACACAAGUCUUAUAACAUAUGCAUGGCGUGUUUGGAAUGAAGAUAAAGCAAUGGAUCUCAUCGAUCCUUCCAUUCAGGAUUCAUGCUCUCCAAAUGAAGUGUUGAAAUGCAUACAUAUAGGCAUGCUGUGUGUGCAAGAUUCUGCAAUGCAUAGACCAACAAUGGCAGCCGUUGUGUUAAUGCUCGAGAGUGAAACUCCAACACGCCCAAUGCCAAGACCACCCGAUUAUACUUCCAUGAGUAGUUCCAUAGAUGCAGAAUAUAUUUUGGAUGGUCAAGAAAUUGUAUCUUCAAAUGAUGUUACUGUGACAAUGGUAGUUGGAAGAUAGAUUGAUACUCGUUUACUUCCCUUCCAUUGUUUUCAUACGUAGACGAAAACAUAUUUCUUUUAAACACCAUUCAAAGAUGUUCCAUAACCUGUUGUUUUCUGCUUCUCCUCUUUAAGUAUUAGACCUGUUCCAUUACCUUCUAUGGGCAUCAAAAUGAGGAGAAUCCUGCUCAGCAUCAGGGGUACACGGCAAUAAGCAUAGAUGUGUGCAAGAAGCAGGGGAUAUGCCUUACUCUGUUACUAAAUUGUAUAUGGAGUCAAAAUUCAAUGUGAUAGAAUAGAAUCCAUAAGAUAAAUUUUGCAAAUGUAAGGAGCACAGAACUCUUCAUUGAGAAUGCCACAUGGUUGUUUCAUAGUUCUCCUUUCUUCUUUUUAUUUUUUUUUAAAAAUAUUUGAGAAAAAGAGAUGGGUAAUUGUUCUUUUAUUCAACUGA